CAGGUUCCGGUAAGCAUCGCGUCAGUACUUAUGGCGCCGCCAGGGUUGUGGUGACGAAAGCAGUUGCCAUGGAGUUGCCCUGAGUAACCCUGAGGCAGUGGGACGCCAAGACUGGAGAGGAAGCGACUGCGGGCUCAAUGCAGGGUAAUGAUGAGAAGGGAGAAAGAAGUCUGAGUCUUGUCCCUGUCCUCAAGCUUAUAGGGAGUAAACAAAGUUGGUUAUAAUGAAAUUAACAGAGAAUACAACUGCUUCCAUUUAUUGAGCACCUGAUGCCAGAUGUACAAUAGUUCUCAAGGGAGUAUUUCCAUUUUAACCGGAAACAAUCCCUGAACCCAUAGGAAUGAAUCCCUAAUGGUGGAGUUUCAGCCAUCAGUGACAGGCUGAACCCAGACUCCCAGGGCACCUGCUUGCACCUUUGAAUGAUGGCCUGAACUAUGAACAAACGGGACUAUAUGAACACUUCGGUACAGGAGCCCCCUCUUGACUACUCCUUCAGAAGCAUCCACGUCAUUCAAGAUCUGGUAAAUGAGGAGCCAAGGACAGGACUACGACCACUGAAGCGUUCAAAGUCGGGGAAAUCACUGACCCAGUCCCUGUGGCUGAAUAACAAUGUUCUCAAUGAUCUGAGAGACUUCAACCAGGUGGCUUCACAGCUGUUGGAGCACCCAGAGAACCUGGCCUGGAUCGACCUGUCCUUUAAUGACCUGACUUCCAUUGACCCUGUCCUAACAACUUUCUUCAACCUGAGUGUCCUGUAUCUUCACGGCAACAGCAUCCAGCGCCUGGGGGAGGUGAAUAAGCUGGCUGUCCUUCCUCGGCUCCGUAGCCUGACACUCCAUGGGAACCCCAUGGAGGAAGAGAAAGGGUAUAGGCAAUAUGUGCUGUGCACCCUGUCCCGUAUCACCACGUUCGACUUCAGUGGGGUCACCAAAGCAGACCGCACCACAGCUGAAGUCUGGAAACGCAUGAACAUCAAGCCCAAGAAGGCCUGGAUCAAGCAGAAUACACUUUGAGGCUCCCACGACCCUAGUAGUCCUAAAGGCCUAAGCAUAGACAGCAUGGUUUGACAAUAAAUAAUUUGAGCUGUUGAGCAGAUGAGAAGUCACUUACACCUUGUAGAGAUGUUCUCUAACUCAGGCAACUGCAAGUAGCUCUAGCCUUUUCUUUUCUUUUUUUUUUUGAGACGGAGUCUCACUCUGUCACACAGGCUGGAGUGCAGUGGCAUGAUCUUGGCUCACUGCAACCUCAGCCUCCUCAGCCUCCCAGGUUCAAGAGAUUCUCCUGCCUCAGCCUCCCCAGUAGCUGUGAUUAAAGGCGCCUGCCACCAUGACUGGCUAAUUUUGUUGUUGUUGUUUUGAGACAGUUUCACUCGUCACCCCAGCUGGAGUGCAGUGGUGCGAUCUCAGCUCACUGCAACCUCCGCCUGCCGGGUUCAAGCGAUUCUCCUGCCUCAGCCUCCUGAGUAGCUGGGAUUACAGGCGCCUGCUACCACAUCCAGCUAAUUUUUUUUUUAAGACGGAGUCUCGCUCUGUCGCCCAGGCUGGAGUGCAGUGGCACGAUCUCGGCUCACUGCAAACUCCGCCUCCCAGGUUCACGCCAUUCUCCUGCCUCAGCCUCCCAAGUAGCUGGGACUAUAGGCACCUACUACCACGCCUGGCUAAUUUUUUGUAUUUUUAGUAGAGACGGGGUUUCACCAUGUUAGCCAGGAUGGUCUCCAUCUCCUGACCUUGUGAUCCACCCACCUCCGCUUCCCCCAGCUAAUUUUUUAUAUUUUAGUAGAGACAAGGUUUCGCCAUGUUGGCCAGGCUGGUCUUGAACUCCUGACCUCAGGUGAUCCGUCCGCUUUGGCCUCCCAAAGUGCUGGGAUUAGAAGCGUGAGCCACCACGCCCAGGCUUUUUUUGUAUUUUUAGUAGAGAUGGGGUUUCGCCAUGUUGGCCAGGCUGGUCUCAAACUCCUGACCUCAGGUGAUCUGCCCACCUCAGCCUCCCAAAGUGCUAGGAUUACAGGCAUAAGCCACUGCACCUGGCCAGCUCUAGUCUUAUUUUGCUGAGGCAAUUGAGGGAAAGGCCUGCUGGCCUGGGACACUGGAGACGUGGGUUUACCACACAGCCUUGGGAAAUUUAUCUAACUCUCUGGGCCCCUUUGUACUUUUCAGCUUAGAGAUUUGGGGGUUAAAGUAGAUCAGUAAUUUCCAAACUCUUCACAGAGUACCAGGGUCUGUAGAGAUGCCUCACAGGCCUCCAUGACAGGCCAAGAAGAUGGCCUAUGAUCUCUGAAACCAGCCCCCACUUCAAUCAGAUCAAAGUAAUUCCAUUCUGUUUUAUAUGCUGGGAUUCUGCUUAAGAUUUCAUUUGAUAAAAAGAAUCUUCUGCUUAAAAA